CCCCGUCCCCGCCGCCGCGUUUUUCUCCGACGGCCGCGAAGAUGCCGUUCAAGAGGUUCGUCGAGAUCGGGCGGGUGGCCCUGGUGAACUACGGCAAGGACUACGGCCGCCUCGUGGUCAUCGUCGAUGUCGUCGACCAGAACCGGGCGCUUGUGGAUGCUCCUGAUAUGGUCAGGUGCCAGAUCAACUUCAAGCGUCUCUCUCUGACUGACAUCAAGAUUGACAUCAAGCGUGUCCCCAAGAAGGCAACCUUGAUCAAGGCAAUGGAGGAAGCUGAUGUGAAGACCAAGUGGGAGAACAGCUCGUGGGGCAAGAAGCUUAUUGUCCAGAAGAGAAGAGCGUCCCUGAACGACUUUGACAGGUUCAAGGUCAUGUUGGCUAAGAUCAAGAGAGGUGGUGCUAUCAGGCAGGAGCUUGCCAAGCUCAAGAAGGAGGUUGCUGCUUAGAUUAUCUUGGUGGAUGAAAUGUUGAGUUUUUUGUUCCAAGCUGGAUCCAAACUAUGUUCUAGUGUCCUUCAAGCCUUAAUUAGUACUACUGUUUUCAGGAACCUAUUUCAUGUAUUGUCAUGGCUGUUAUUGAAUACCAAUCUAGUUUGUGACACCUGUGCCUCUAUUGAUUCCUAUGGUUGUUCGGUUCUCUA